AUACCUAAACGCGACCCAUAUGAAAAUACUAUUGACUAUGACAACAAUGGGAACUCGACAGGUACUCACAUUCGUGUUCGUAAAAAUAGAAGAAAGUAUACAAGAGAAUAUUAUGAAGUUUUAGGCAAACAUGGCAAAAUGUACAGACUGCAAGCAGAAGAUAAAACUACUAUUGUCAGACCUCGUUUCAAACUUGUCAAAGUUCAAGGUGGUAUACUUUCAAAGACAGUUCCUAACAAAUAUAAGACAACUCCUGACGAAUAUGCUAAAGAAGUUGAAAAUGACGACUAA